AUGGAGUAUGAACAAGUGUUUGCGCCGGAGAAGCGAAGCAUGGCCUUGGCAAAAUGGAAACCGCCUGAAGCUCAUACUCUCAAAUUUAAUCUGGAUGCGUUUGGGGCUGAAGUCAACGCGUUGUCGGCGGCAAUCACGACUGCGACGGAGCUGGGUGCCACACGGGUCGUUUUUGAAACUGACUCGCAGCUGCUUGCUGAUGCCAUGAACGUCCGAAUAGCCGACCCCUCGCAGUAUGCUGCGAUCAUCGAAGACCUGAAGCUCCAGCUCAAAAUGUGGUUCGCGAAAUGUAGCGUGAUCCCAUGUAGGCGCACGGCGAAAUCUAUAGCAUAUGAAUUAGCCCAGAUUGGUCGUAUGUGCUUACCUAGUGUUUGUAUGGAGUGGAACUCUAUUUCCGAAGCCCACAGAGAAAUUAAGAACGUGGCGCGCGGCCCACCGCCAAAAACGCUACCGCGGCGCGAAUUUUUCGCCACUUACCGCUGCUUUUCGCGCCUUAUCAGGCCGCUCGGCUCUCUGGAUAAGGCAAAUCCUCAGCCACAAAUCUCCCGAACCCACCUUGUGCCCCCAGAUCUCAUCGCCUCCGACCUCCCAGCGCCGGCCGACCACCGGUGCACGACGCCCCGAGCUCACCUGAGCGCCCCCCCUCCCACCCACCCACAGCGGAGCUCCGCCUCGCCCCCAUCCGACCGCCGCCUCUACCAUAGCCUCCGCCUCUCACUCCUCCGUCCUUUCAGAUCUGACAUGUGCUCCUUCACAUCGUCGCCGUCAUGCGCCGUCUACCGCCUGCUCCGACCCUCUGCACAGCCUCCUCUACACCAGCCCGUUGGUGGCUUGUUGGCCAUCGCUCUCUCCAUCUCCAGCUCCGUUCCCCGCCAGCUCUCCGCACGGUGCCAUCUCCUCCAAACUGAUUUGGCUUGGUCAAUUUGUUCUCAAGGACUAUGUAGUGCAUAGGGAAUUCAAUUUUUUUUCCUCUCUAGUCGGCGAAGGAGUACACCUUCACCGGCGACGCAGCCUCCCUUUGAUUGCUACCCGCCCUCAUGGAGUACUAAAUCAAGAUGAGCCGAGAGAAGGUAAAAAUCUAAUUUUUCAGUGUUGUAGUAGCAGUGCUAAGUACUUGACUGAAAAUAAACUUGUGGACUGAGCAGCAUCUUUCACCAGGAGAAUCACAAGAUCACGCUUGUAAACUACUGAAUUAGGAGAUAAAGACUGAAAUUUAUGUUGAUAUUUGUACAUGAAACAGCUCCUAAUCCUGUGAUAAUUACUACUAGCUAGUACAGACCAUUGCUAGUUUGUACGGGACCAGCGUCAUGAGAGGAAUGGCAUACUACAGUGCCUUAUAGAGAGUACUAGAUUGUGGUACUGCACAAUUUUCGUUCUAGUUGAAAAUUGUAAAUCAUCAAAGGAGUGGCUGCCUUUGUAUCACAUCAGUAUUAAGGCAGCUCAUAGCACCAUCUGAACUUUUCUAUAUGUUUGGUCAUACUCAUUUACUUACUGUAAUGGUAAACAUCAAAGGAGUGGCUACCAUUGUGUCGCACGCACCAGUGUUAAAUGCUCGGAAUGUGAGAAAUUUUAUUUCUUAUUAUACUUUCAUAUGUGAAUUUAUACU